AUGACACUCCCACCCCUCCUCGUCGGCCAAGUCUGCGCAGUAACUGGAGGAUUAACAGGGAUCGGACGAGCUAUCACCAUCCUCUUCCUGUCGCACGGCGCUAAAGUGGCCAUCAACUAUCUGCCCUCCCACAACAAGGAUGAAGAGAAACUCCUCACAUCGUUGCGCACCGAAGCAUUUGACGCUAUCAAAUCCCGCUUGCAACCUUCCUCAUCAUCGCCCGUGGCCGUGCACGACCUCCAUGAUGUGCCCCUGCUGACCGUUCCGGGAGACAUUGCGCUUCCAGAGACGGGUCAGGAGCUCGUCUCGCAGACGGUGUCUCGUUUCGGGCGGCUGGACACAUUCGUUUCCAACGCAGGCAUCUGCCGAUUCGAGGAGUUUCUUGAGAUCUCGCCGCAGAGCUACCAGCGGCAUCUCGAUACGAACCUGUCGGGCGCCUUUUAUGCCGUUCAAGCCGCCGCGCAGCAGAUGGUGCGCCAACAGAACCCUCAGGGCGGUAGCAUCAUCGGCAUCUCGUCCAUCUCAGCACUUGUCGGUGGAGCCCAGCAGUGCCACUACACGCCCACCAAAGCCGGCAUCUUGAGUCUCAUGCAGUCCACGGCCACCGCGCUGGGCAAGUACAAUAUCCGCUGCAACGCUCUGCUGCCUGGCACGAUUCGCACGCAGUUGAAUGACGAGGACUUGAGGGAUGGGAGCGACAAAAAGACCUAUAUGGAGGGACGCAUCCCCCUCGGUCGACUGGGGAAGCCUGACGACCUGGCCGGGCCCGCACUCUUCCUCGCCCAACCUGAGUUGAGCGGCUAUGUUACUGGAGCAGCCCUUUUGGUGGACGGAGGAGCGUUUGUGAAUUUUCAGUGA